AUGACCUUUGAUAUGAAAGCCGACCCAUUAUCACUUUGUAGUGACCUUGGGAACACAGCUUCACAAGAUGGCUCAAACCCACUGACGGUGAAUGGGGUUCUGGGGGAGUCAGUAACUCUUUCCCUGAAGCUUCCUGUACAUCAGGAUAUUCAGUCCAUCACCUGGCUUCACAAUGGAAAAUCUAUCCACUUCAUAUUGCCAAAAGCUGCUCCGGAUUCGCAGAUCUUGGUGACUGAUCCAAAACGGAAAGAUCGACUGCAACUGAUGGAGAACUACUCCUUACAACUCAGCAACUUGGCAACGGCAGAUGCAGGACUUUACUGCGCCCAGAUAACCACACAGACCUCCACAGAGUUUUCCUACUACACUCUGCAGGUCUUCAGACGACUGAGGAACUUACAAAUUGCCAAUCACACGUGGCUGUCUGAGAUUGGGACCUGUGAGAUCCACCUGACCUGCUCUGUAGAGAAUUCAAAUGACACCUUCUUAAGGUGGCAGGUUGUAGGAAACACGUCUAUAAAUGAAGCAAACCUCACUAUUUCCUGGGACCCCAGGAAUUCCAGUGAACAGAAGUUCACCUGCGUAGCUGAGAAUACUGUCAGCAAUAUAUCCUUCUCUGUCUCCACCCAGAGUCUCUGCGAAGGUGUUUUGAAUAUGAAAAAUCACCCUGAUACCAAAUGGAUUAUAAUUGUGGUUGUGGUUACUUUGAUAUGUAUAGUCAUCACUGUGGGGUUACUUGUUUGCAGGAAAAAAGAUUGUUUGUGGAAGACAGCAGAGACCAUAAGGAACUUAGAUUAUGUCUCCGUCUCUCCAGGGAACACUGUGUAUGAUCGUGUCACUCAUCCAAACAGGCAAACAAAUAUCCUAACACCUGUGAAAAGCAGUGAUUUCUCCACCAUUUAUUCCACAGUUCAUCAGUACAAAGAGCGUAUACCUAUUUCUUCCAGGACAACUGCCCUUGACAACGUCAUCUAA